AUGGUGACUGUCAGUAACGAUCCAGUGGCAGUCAAGCCAACCGAGGUUCGGGUACUGCCAUUUGCUACCAUGAGAGGAAGGAGUGUGGAUUCAGCAGGAAAAGAUGCUACUGAGAAGUGCAAGUGUGAGGUUCGAGUCCAGCCUGAAGUGGAACACUAUCAUCAGGAGGAACAUGAAAUCAAUGAGAAGGUGGCAGACCAGCAGAAGGUGGUGACUGCCCUAAUUGCGGGAGCCAUGGCUGGAGCACUUGCUAAAACUGUGAUAGCGCCUUUAGAUCGAACCAAGAUCAAUUUUCAGAUUGCCAACAAGCCAUUCUCUGCACGGGAAGCCGGCAAAUUUCUGUUCAAGACCGUCCGGGAUUCUGGUUUUUUCUCACUGUGGAGAGGAAACUCAGCCACUCUUGUGAGGAUUGUGCCUUAUGCUGCCAUUCAGUUCAGUGCUCAUGAGCAGUACAAGUUGUGGCUUAACUUUGAGAAAAGAAAACACUUGCCUCCACAUUGGAGAUUUUUAGCUGGCGCUCUGGCUGGUGUUACUUCUGUGGCCUUGACCUAUCCACUUGACUUGUGUCGUGCCAGGAUGGCAGUGACACCUAAAGAAACGUACAACCAUAUAGGACAAGUAUUUAUGAAGAUGAUACGAGAGGAGGGUCUAUUCUCAAUAUACCGAGGGUUCACACCAACAAUUCUCGGCUCCAUACCAUACUCAGGGUCCAGUUUUUUCACAUAUGAAACUUUGAAAAAACUCCAUGCUGAAACACAUUUAGGCAGAGAUCCGAACCCGAUAGAGAGGAUGUGUUUCGGGGCUGUGGCCGGAAUGGUAGGACAGUCAGCCUCGUACCCACUUGAUAUUGUCAGGCGACGAAUGCAGACUGCAG